AUGGCUGAAAAUAUUACGCUUUCCCAGGAAAUUUUGUGCCACUUAAACAAAAGAGUGCGAGGCGGGAAUAUUGUGGUUAAGCUGGACAUGGAGAAGGCAUAUGAUAGAGUCAAGUGGUCCUUCCUAAAGAAAAUUCUGGGGAGGUUUGGCUUCUCGAGCCCGUGGGUGAAGCUAGUGGAGCGUUGCUGGUCCAAUUACAGGUUUUCGGUGCUGAUUAAUGGAGAAUCUGCGGGUUUCUCCAAGUCCACUAGAGGCCUCAGGAGUCUUCCUGCCUCUAGGGCCUCCUCUAUUCAGCGGGCUCUUGGGAUGUCGAGAGCCUCUUCUAAUUUGAGGUACCUGGGGGUGCUGGUUGGAGUAUGGAGAAGGAAGAUAGCAAAUUUCCAGCCAUUGAUAGACAAGGUGGAUAGUAAGAUCAGAGGGUGGCAAUCCAGAUGCCUUUCCCAAGCGGGCAAGGCUACGCUUCUGCAAAAUGUGCUGAGUAGUAUUCUGGUUCACACGUUAGCAGCAAUCCUGGUUCACUCUAGGGUGUUAAAGGCUCUAGAAAGAAGGUUCACAGAUUUCUUUUGGGGUUGGACUGAUGGUAGGAAGAAGCUACAUUAG